UGCAUAUACCCAGAUCAACAGGUGCUCAGAAGCAAUUAAGGACUGUCUUAAAUCCAUUGAGAUUGAUCCAAAUUAUAGUAAGGCGUACAGUCGUCUUGGGUUAGCAUAUUAUGCUCAGGGAAAGUAUGCUGAUGCCAUCGAGAAAGGGUUUAAGAAAGCUUUGCAGUUGGAUCCGCAUAACGAAUCUGUGAAAGAAAAUAUCAGGGUGGCUGAACAAAAACUAAGAGAAGAACAGCAACGACAGAGACGCGGUCAGAAUACAAGCACAAGUCACGGUCAAGAACCAGGAAUGGGAGGAGGACAGGGAAUACCAUCUCAGUUCUCAAUGCCUUUAAACCCCGACUUGAUGAGCAUGUUCAUGAACAUGGCGGGAAACACAUUCCCGGGAAAUCAUUCUCAUAACGAGGGAGGAGCAGGAGCAGGAGCAGAUGGAAACAGAAAUGGUUCGGAUGAGCCUGAGAUUCGUUUAGGUGGGAAUAUCAACAUCGAUCUCGGAGGCACAGAGCAAAUGCCAGAAGACAUAUCAGGUGCAUUACGAUCAAUGAUGCAGAUGUUUGGAGGAGGAUCACAGGGAGGCACUGGUUCUAAUAAUCCUCAAUAAUAACGGUGCACAUGGAAGACCAUCUGGGAAUCAACCUUAGAAUCACAUCAUGUGAUUCUAUUCUAUGAUGUUAAUUUCUGAGUUUGUGCUACAAAGACUUUGUUAGGUAUUUGAAUUUUUAACAUAAAAAAUGUAGUGAAGUGACAUGUUAUUACAAAAUGAUGAAGGGAUACUAUUGGCUUCGUGUUGAUAAAACCUUUUUGCAUUACAUUA